AGAGUCCGAGUGGGUGGAGGGAGGGGAAGGGCGGGAGAAAAAGGUGGGAGGAGAGCCAGGUGGGAGGGUGGCGACUCACUCAGGACCCAGUGGGGGCAGCGCGAUGAGGCGGGUGACCCUGUUCCUUAACGGCAGCCCCAAGAAUGGAAAGGUGGUCGCUGUCUAUGGGACGUUAUCUGAUUUGCUUUCUGUGGCCAGCAGCAAACUGGGCAUAAAAGCCACUAGUGUGUAUAAUGGGAAAGGUGGACUGAUUGAUGAUAUUGCUUUGAUCAGGGAUGAUGAUGUUUUGUUUGUGUGUGAAGGAGAACCAUUCAUUGAUCCUCAGACAGAGUCUAAACUAUCAGAAGGGUUGUCAGGAUCCCACACGGACUGGCUUACACUAAACGUUGGAGGGCGGUACUUUACAACUACACGGAGCACUUUAGUGAAUAAAGAGCCCGACAGUAUGCUGGCCCACAUGUUUAAGGACAGAGGUGUCUGGGGAAAUAAGCAAGACCACAGAGGAGCUUUCUUAAUUGACCGAAGUCCUGAGUACUUUGAACCCAUUUUGAACUACUUGCGCCAUGGACAGCUCAUUGUAAAUGAUGGCAUUAAUUUACUGGGCGUGUUAGAAGAAGCCAGAUUUUUUGGUAUUGACUCAUUGAUUGAACAGCUAGAAGUGGCAAUAAAGAAUUCUCAACCACCAGAAGAUCAUUCACCAAUAUCUCGAAAGGAAUUUGUCCGAUUUCUGCUAGCCACUCCAACCAAAUCAGAAUUGCGGUGUCAGGGUUUAAACUUCAGUGGUGCUGAUCUUUCUCGCUUGGAUCUUCGAUACAUUAACUUCAAAAUGGCCAAUUUAAGCCGCUGCAAUCUCGCGCAUGCCAAUCUCUGCUGUGCAAACCUUGAACGAGCUGAUCUCUCUGGAUCAGUGCUUGACUGUGCAAAUCUCCAGGGAGUCAAGAUGCUCUGCUCUAACGCAGAAGGGGCCUCCCUGAAGCAGUGUAAUUUUGAAGAUCCUUCUGGUCUUAAAGCCAAUUUAGAAGGUGCUAAUCUAAAAGGUGUAGAUAUGGAAGGAAGUCAGAUGACAGGAAUUAACCUGAGAGUUGCUACCUUAAAAAAUGCAAAGUUGAAGAACUGUAACCUCAGAGGAGCGACUCUGGCAGGAACAGAUUUAGAGAACUGCGACCUGUCUGGGUGCGACCUUCAGGAAGCCAACCUGCGAGGGUCCAACGUGAAGGGCGCUAUCUUUGAAGAGAUGCUGACACCACUGCACAUGUCACAGAGUGUCAGAUGAGACUUUCAAGGCUGCAGGAAGAAGCUCAAGACGACAGAUGUUUUCCUUAAUCACUUUUAUUUCUCCACUCACUCAGCUGUGUAGAAGAAAUAACACUGUAAGGAAAUUAAAGAGAAAAACAUUUAGAGGAUUAUGCUUGUUCUCGGUGGUGCACAGGGAAAAAAGUGACUUUUUCCCACAUCCUGACUUUACCAGAAGAGCAUUCAUUCAGUAGACGUAGGGAAGCUAGAUUAGAUGCUGCCUUCCGAGUGGAGGAGGGGGCUUGCCUGGCUUCAUGACCGGGAAGAGUUCCUAUUAUAUUUGCUUUUAAAUAGGCAUGAUGUGGAAAUAUUGUACCAUCUUGGCUUGAAAUUUGAGAAUUUUAAUUUAUGAGAAGCACAACGUAUAUAAGUAUAUUUAUUGAGCCUCUAGAGGCAUAUGGAUCAGCAAGUUGUGAAGCUUCGUGAACAUUACAAGAGGUUGUUCAGGUUAUGAGAAGCUGUAGCGAUGGCUCUCCUGCCUUACCCAUCACACCGUGUGAGCACGGUGACAUCCGACGCCCCAAGGCUUGCGCUUCAGGUUCCUUUUUAUAUGGUUUACUUUUUUUUAAAUAAAAUAGUAGCUAAGUUAAAGAAAUCCUCCAUUCUUUCGGACUCGAAAGAAAGGCAGAGUUGAAAGAAAGACAUCACUGUACGUGAUGGUCCACUGAAGUCGCAGCGGGCUUGGAGGUCAAGCUUCUCAAUGAGCUUUCUUUAGAAUUUCCUUCUAAGCAACUUCCGCUUCACGCCAGACAGGGCAGGUUUGUUUACUGACAUGACCAGCCUCCUGUCCUCUUGUACAGUCAACACAAGUAUAGGAAGAUACUGCAAAACCAAAAAACCAAGGUGCAUUACUAAUAUUUAAUUCAGUGGCCAAAUCGUUUAAACAGGACCAGCUUAGUAAACAGGACCAGCUUAGAAAUAGAUACAAAGUGUCGAUCCACUGCAGUUGAAGCUAUAAAAUAGGAAUGGAUAUGGCAAAGUCAUCUUUCAGAAGGCACCACAAUAUAAUUGCAGCUAAAACCUGACAGUGUAGAAUGAGGAAUUUUAAGCUGAUAAUAGUCACCAGGAAAGUGAAUAAAAACAAGUAUUUGGCUGGUCCAAAAUGUAAUACCAAUCAAUCCGUCAGCACCUGUGGUUCUUUUACUUACAUUCUCUGGUUUGGUUUGGUGGUUUUAAUACGUUUUAGUCUGGUUUUCUUCAGUCAUUCUGUCUCUGCUGCAGCAGAGAUGGGGCCUGUCCUUCCCCACGACUUAACCGUGGCCUUUCCUCUCCCCCAAAAGCAGGAUAUAAGCUGUGUCCAAAUGGGUUCUGAAUUCUCCAGACCCAUCAGGGUGAGACAGUGAACCGCUGAAAAUCACUUUGUCUCCUUUGGGAGGAUGGCAUGUCUGUAAUAUUUACGUAGCACAUUCUUCUAUAUACAUACACAUAUGCAAAGCUUUCCUUCCAGCAAAGGUACGUGUGCAUGGUGGCAGGAGGCCAGACCUUUGCAGGCCAAGGAAAGCAAUUUCAAAAAUGAAUUAUUUUCUUUGCUUUAUUAUUUUUACCAAGACAGAGAAGUAUUAUAUUAAGAGAUAUCUAUUUUCAUAAUCAAUGUGUGCCUAAAUUAUAUUUAAAUCAUUUCACUCUGUACUAUAUUUUCAAUAAUUAUAGAACAUGUUGUUCAUCCACUGAAGGGUACCUCUGUAUACGUAACCUAAGAUCUGCACGUGGUUUUCUUAGAAACCGCAGGGUUCGGGUCAAAUGUAUGCUGCAUUAAUAAACAAUGUGAAAUGUCA